AUGCUAGACGGUAUAUGGAGAUGGCAGAGUUCAAUGAAUCAACUUAUGUAUAGUAUAUACUUUCUGCACAUAUAUAUCGGAUUAAGCUCAUGCAAUAAUGCAUACGACAAUGAAAAGAUUGAUAGAAUUGCCCUCAGGUUGCAAGCAAAAGAAAUGUUCAUGCACGGGUAUAAUUCGUACAUGAAGUAUGCAUAUCCACAUGAUGAACUAAUGCCAUUGUCAUGUAAGGGACGACAACGAGGUGUUACACCACCACGUGGUGAUAUUGAUGACGCCUUAGGGAAGUAA